UCGGAACAGUCCACCGGCCCCACCCCCUCUCGACCGCUUGACGUCAGCUCUGGUGGAAAGCACCACCACCCAUCCUCCUCCCCCCAUCUCUCUCUCUCUCUCCGUGCUCAUGGUGUAAGCCGCGCAGCCUCCCCUCGGCUCAUUCAUUGACGGAUCGCUUCUUGGCACGACGGCUGCGCUGCUUGCCUCGCUCCUGCUGCACCAGACGCGCAAGACAACAACGGGGGAACCUCGCUGCCGUCUCGCAUAGCAAGCGGCUUGAUUCUUUUUCAUAGUGUUUUUUUUACUUUACUGCAGCGCAGAUAUAAAUACAUCCAUCCCCUCCGCUAGAAGAAACACCAUUCACGUGACUCAAAAGUUGCGUCGUUAAUGUAAUUCGUGCCCAUCAUCGGAUAUUAUUAAUAGACGAUACUGCAGGCGACUCAACAGCGCUGCCUGCGAAAUUUGAGAGCUCAAACGCGUGCCGACCGCCUCGCGAGUUUACCUAAGCCGAGUUGACAGCGAUUUGACGGGCUCGACACCUACGCCACAAUCAACAAGAACCCGACGCAGAAGGACCCGCGUAGAAAAGACUCCACGAAGCUGCUCGCCACAAAGACGAUGACGAUCGAAAAGGAGAGCGGAGAAGGGUUGAGCUACUCCAAGAUGCGAGGACUCUUUACCGUUAUGACAGCCUUUGUUAAGCAGCGCAGAAGUGGAAUAAACGAUCUCGUACAGAAGGUGGUGCCCUCCAGCCCAAUGUGUGAUCCCACGGACGUGCAAGUGUUCCUGGAUUCUGGCGAACCAAGGACGAAAUGCAUCGAAAACUACAUCGAUAAGCCUGAUGAAAUUUCAACAAGAGUUAUCAACCUCGGUCCAUCACACAACCCACAGGCAAAACCCACAGACUUCGACUUCCUGAAAAUUAUUGGCAAGGGAAGCUUUGGGAAAGUGCUGUUAGCCAAGCUCAAGACUGAUGAGAAGUUUUACGCUGUCAAGGUGCUCCAGAAGAAAGCCAUUCUCAAAAAGAAAGAGCAAAAGCACAUCAUGGCGGAGAGGAAUGUACUCCUCAAGAAUGUGAAGCAUCCCUUUCUCGUGGGCCUGCACUACUCCUUCCAGACGGCAGACAAGCUCUACUUUGUCCUUGACUACAUCAACGGCGGAGAGCUCUUCUUCCACUUGCAGCGCGAGCACGUGUUCCUGGAGCCACGUGCCCGCUUCUACGCGGCCGAGAUCGCAAGCGCCGUCGGCUACCUGCACUCGCUCAACAUCGUCUACAGAGACCUAAAGCCCGAAAAUAUUCUUCUCGACUUCGAGGGCCACAUUAUCCUCACAGAUUUUGGACUCUGCAAGGAGGGAAUUCAGCCCAACGACACCACCUCCACUUUCUGCGGCACGCCAGAGUACCUGGCACCCGAGGUCCUCAAGAAGCAGGCGUACGAUCGCACGGUGGACUGGUGGUGCCUGGGAGCCGUGCUGUACGAGAUGCUCUACGGCCUGCCGCCGUUCUACAGCCGCAACACGGCCGAGAUGUACGACAACAUCCUGAAGAAGCCCCUGGCUCUCAAGCCGAACAUCUCCAACUCGGCGCGGGACCUGCUGGAGGGUCUGCUCCACAAGGACCGCACCCAGAGGCUCGGCGCCAGCGGGGACUUCACGGAGAUCAAAGGUCACGUGUUCUUCUCCCCCAUCAACUGGGAAGAUCUCCUCUCAAAGAAGAUCGUCCCCCCGUUCAACCCCAACGUGAACGGACCCUCCGACCUGCGCCACUUUGACCCAGAGUUCAUCUCAGAGCCGGUGCCCGGCUCGGUGUGCCGCUCCCCGGGAGAGUUUGCGGUGAGCGCCAGCUUCCAGGAGGCGAGGGACGCCUUCGCCGGAUUCUCCUACGCCCCUCCCAACGGCUCUGCGUUCCUGUGACCUGGCCGCGGAUCCGCGCCGAGCGUUCCACUUCCUUUCGGCCCCGUCGCCGACUUGCAAGAGGAAAAUCUUGAUUCCCUUUUUCAUCGGGGGCCCUCCUAACCGCCCGGUAGCGGGAGGUGGGGGGGGGAGGGUUAAGGCUCGAGGGAGUUGCGGUUCGGUUCGCCGAGGUCGGCGGUCCGGUGACUGUUUUCCCGACGCCGAUGCGAAAAACCGUGCUGGGGGGCUUCUGCGGUCCGUGGGGGUUGUUGGUGACUCGACCCCCCCCCCCCCCCCCGGCACCGUGCGACCUCCGUUCACGCCGUGUCGACCCGACGGGGAUGCCGUGUUUUUACGGAUCGUCACCGGAAUGGGAAGAGGAGGAGGAGGACAAUGACGAGGAGGAAAAACAAUUACUUUCCUUUUAAUGAAUAUCUAAGCAGAUUAAUCAAGGUAAUGUCGGAAGCUGGAGCAUAAUUCGUUAGAUGGACCAAAGCUACAAUAGCAGUCAGAUCCCAGUUCAAGCGAGCUGGACCUGAACGUGGGAGCGUUUGGAUUGUAGAUUUUUGUUGUUAUUUUAUUUCCCCGUUCUAAUGCACUUAAGACCAGCCAAGAAGGCAGCAGGAAUAAGUGGAACGUUUGUUGUUUGCGAGGGAGAGAGGAGAGAGGAGAAGAGAGAGGAGAGAGAGAGGGGAGCGAGCCUGGGCUCGUUGUCUUACAGCGUGCCGGCAGUGGUCGUUGCACCUCCACUUGCCCUUGAAGCUCGCUGUCGGUGGCAGAUCGGCGCGAGAGAGACAAAAGCCGAGUGUGAAGACGUCCGGCGUGCAGACUUGAAGACUUUCAUCAGCGUUAAUUGCUGCUCUGAAUAAUUUAGGCAAUUCCAGCAACAACAAAAAAGCAAAUUUCCCGACGAGCUGGUAAUUGUCCGCACUGCUGUUGUUGUUAUUGUUUUGUUUUGUUGUUUUGUUUCGAAAGCCGUAUUUAUUAAUUAUUGUUAAUUCGCAAAAGAGUGGGCUCAAACUGGAGGGGAGGGGGGGGGGGGGGGAAGAACGCUGUUGUAGGCUCAUUCCGCUGCUCGUUCCGAAUGGUCGGUGACAACGCAGCACACCCUUGGCUUGAACCUCAGCGCGCGAGGCUGCGUUUUUUGGGGCGUGAGAUUUUAGUUUUUGUUUUUUUUUAAACGUGGGAAUGGCAACUUGUUUCCGUCACGCUUGAGUGUGACCGCGCGCGAUGCACACGGAGCAAAACCGAAACGCUUGACGUCAAUAGCCACUAAGGGCCCGGCUCAUUUUUCCAAUGCUCCGGAGACUCCUGCGUGCGUUGGUUCACUCGGCGCGACUGUGAGAUCAGGGGCCCCGCUGCCGACGAAACGACGUCAGAGUCACGGCAUGCGGGAGACGCAAGGGCGGCACUUACGUACGCACGUCCGCACGCACGCACUCACGUACGCGCGUCCGCACGCACGGAACUUGCCCGGUGAUGGGGGCAGCUGCAAAGCCUCUGUUAAUACUGUACACACACACACACUGUGGGAUUUGUACGUUACGUGUGUAUGUUGAACUUCUUUCGCACCAUACAUAGUCAACUGUGCUAGUAUCAGACGUGCGAGGGAAGGGCAAGAAAUGAAACACAAAAAGCAACGUGAAUACCGCACCUCCGAAAAGCACAGUUGGCUACGUAUGGUGAAAAAAGAAGUUCAACAUCAUACACACAUUUCGGGAAACAUCCGGAAGUAAUGUCGGACCAACCCCGCCCGCUCGCUAAUUCAACGCGGCUAUUUAAAAAUCUGCCGCAGAGCAGAAAAUUAAGACCUCAAUCCUUCGAUCCCCUCGGACAACCGAUACCGAAUUGCAACAUCAUCGAUGCGGCCGCCACCGGCAACUUAAUCUGGAACUUGGCAAGAGCCCAUUGAUGCCACCCAAUUUUCCGUAUGACGAGAAGCUCUUUAGCCCCCCGUGCAGUAGAGUAUUCUAAUUGCAGAAGUUGAUGGGUGCGUCUUCUAAUCCGGUACAGGAGUUGCGUGCGUGCGUGCGUGAUCAGAUUCGUAUAACUUUUAUUGGCACCGGGCACAAGUUUUGGGGGGUGCGUCUUACUUUCCGAGGAGUCUUAUAAUCCGGAGAAACACAGUUCACGUCUCUUUUGCAAGGGAGACCUGGAGGCUUCAAGUUACACUGGGGUUCUGUCUCUGAAACGUCCCGUUUAUGCCGUAAACAUCGCAGCCGUGUGCGAAUUGGCACAGGCUGACGUAGCUGUGCAAUAGACAAAAGGCUUACGUUUAUAUCGAUGACAGUUGUGUACGUGUGCAACCAACGCAUGUAUGGGAAAUCAAAGAGAUAAUGAAUUCCAGGUAUAACGUGUGGUUUUUUUUUUACAAUUUGAAGUAACAAAAAUCUUUUUGGGUUAUUACCGGAUAGCACUCGCAAGAGGCAGCUCUACGUCUGAAUGUGAUCCUUGGAAAAUUGUAUCGAUGUCAACAAUCUAUACGUAAUAAUGUCCACAAGAGCCAAUCGACGUCUUUUGAAUUUCGUAAUAGGCGCCAUUGCUCUUCUGUUUAAACAGUGCAUUGAUAAACUGUGGAAAAAUAUUCUUUGGUUCUUUCGGUAAAGUCACGUAGGUAAAAAUACAAUAAAACAAAAAUUUAAACAAACUAAAUUAAAUCACGACGUUUCGGGCGCAACACAAGUGCCCAUCAUCAUGUGGGACACAACAGUUAGAAACAAACAAACUGCUGAACUGGGCAAGAAAUCUACAGUGAAACAAAAUGUUAAAAACAACACACAUACAAGAAAGCCGCAUGUUCAAGAAAACAGAAACUCCUUAGCGGACUAACUAACUACAGAUGGGCAAAAGACAACCAAAUAACCACAUUCCUUUAGCGAAAUAUAACUCGAGUGAUCAAGAUGAAUAAAUGUAAUCUUUGUAGCGACAGGAGUACUCGAAUGGAGUGGUAUGUAUACUGUAAGAGCAGACAGCUGAAUGAAACACGUUUAAGAUCACAUGCAGUCCUGUACGUGUACUUCACUAGCGAUGAGAAAUGAGGACCAGCCAAAUGCCAGUCACGCGAACACAAUCUACAGAAUUAUGUUGAAAGGUAUAACAAAAACCUGCACUUCGUAUUUAAUCAAUACUCUGAUGUUAGACCUACGACAUUUAAAAUAUAUUAUAUCAGUAAUGUAGUGGGUCUGCAUAUUGUUGGCAUGGUUUUUUUUAAGAACUUUUGACUGGCUCCCAUUUACACUUGUUAACAUGCAUACGUGUGUGUGUGUGUAUACAUAUUAAAGCGGUUUACGGAAUGUUACUUCCCACUGUUAAUGUUAUAGAGAGUGCCAAAGGUGAUGGGUUUCGUUAGUUAGUUAGUUAGUGUUUUUUUUCAUUUAAAUCGUAAUUUAUGAUUGCUCGACCCAACUACGCUGGAAGGAAAUCACCGCAAGCGCCGCGGGCAGUUAAGCAGUCGAUCCUGCAAAUCGUCUCUCCGCGGCGGGCCCGUGUGUUCAUUGGGUCUCACGGAAGAGUUUGUGUUUGCUUUGGGGCACUGGAAUGUUUCGCCCCGCGGGAAGGCAACGAUUGUGCGCGACGCGCCGUGGCUCCGCGUGCCUUCAACGUGCGACGCGGCGUCACAAUUUCGUGGACCGAAAGAGUUCGGAGCGGUUGAUGGAGAGCUGUUCGUUUUGACCAAAUUGGAAGUGGAGACAGCUGCGGAUGUGUAAUUUGACUGGCUCGCCGUACGGUGCUGAUAACUUAUUAUUACUAUUAUUAUAACGCUCGGCUCGAUAGUUUUUUCUAAAAUUGCAAUUACAACAUUUUGUUGUUGUUGCUGCUGCUGCACGCGUAUUACCUUUUAGCGUCUGACAUUGAAAAGAAUGCGCGCGCGCGCGCGUGGUGUUGCAGUGCAAGUGUUAAACUUCCAAUACCUAAGCUAUUAAAAUCACUUGUUUAAACGGAAAACUUUUCAUUCACUAUUGCGAUACCGUAAACAUCCUAAACAUGUCACCGUCAACUUCACUCGAGCGUCCGUGUUGUUCCGCGCGUUGAAGUUUGCGCGUGUGCAUUGCAGAAUUCUCCCGAGCUAGCGAUGUUUCAUCUCCAGGCUAUGACCACCAUCCCCGCGUGGUGGGCGAACGCGGCAGGGGAGCAACGUCAAACCUCUCAUUGAUUGUAAUGACUGACCGUUGCUGACGACGGAAUUUCUUCCCGUUCAACGAGUGUCAGUGUUGAGUGUUCAGUGAAUUUACAGUUCAGUCACCUGCAUGGUAUUUUUUUCUGACGUCCGGCUGGCUAGGAGUAGUAAAACUGGCAAAUUCAAAGUUUGGUUGAAUCCCUGGAAAAAAUAUAUGUUUUUUCCCUCACUUUAUAAGUGCCCGUUCCAUCCUAUUACAACUUACAAAUGAUAAGCACCAUGUCAGUGUCUUAAUAGAUAUUCACGAACUUGGGAACAAACGUGUAAUUUUUGGUCAGAGAAAUUAAAUACAAAAAUAAUCACGAUGAUGCUUUAUUAUUGGCUCCCAUACCCCAGUCCCCAGAGCCACCGAUCCUGACCAGAUUUUUACAAUUGCCAUCUGUUCCACUCAGUAUAUAUAUGGCAAACACGGAUCACGGCUCAUUUAUAAGUUGAUUGAAAACAUGGAACCUUGGAUUCCGGUUCAACCAGUGGACUGGAGCUUGAGAAACAUUGCCUUGUAUAACGAUUGUGAACAUAUUCCUUGCAUUAGGUACAGUGUAUUACAAGCAAUACUCGAUGAUGUAUACAAAUUGUAUAUAAAAACAUAAAAUUAUAUUAUACAUUACACAUUGAAUGUGCAUCUCAGUGUAUGUCUUUAGAAUGCUCAAAUGUGUUAACAAGUCUUGUUAACGAAUUUUUAAAUGCAUAAUUGCAAAGUUUCCAGUUCUGUAAAAAAAAUAACAACGGUGUAUCAAUGUAGAAAUAAAGCUCACAUUGAGCUAACAAUCAA